AUGGCUUCGAAUGAAUUUGACACUACCACUGGAAUCAACGAGAAGCGUGCUUCGACGAUGGAAGACGAGAUCCAGCAAUCAACAAACUCGGAGAAGACAAGCGAGUCAGAGAAAGUAGAUGUGCAAACAAAGAUGAAUGCGGAGGAGUGCUCAAAUACCUCUGAUGAUAGACCAGGAGGAAACGAGGAAAUCGAGGAAGGAACCGCUGCUGCCACGAAAUCAGAACCCAAGUAUCCUACUGGCAUCAGAUUCGUGCUCCUCACCAUUUCACUAAUGCUGGGAGCCUAUAUGGUAGCACUCGACACACAGAUCAUCUAUUUACACUUACCUUCCCCUCCGCACCGUUUCACUUUCGCCCUCCUCUGCUUCGAAGCCGGCUCUCUCAUUUGCGCUCUGUCCCAUUCUUCCUCCAUCUUCAUCCUCGGUCGCGUGGUAGCUGGUGUUGGCGCUGCGGCAAUAUUUGCUGGUGGAAUGGUCAUGAUACAGUUGGCGGUGCCGUUGGCUAGGAUCGCGGUGUAUAUUUCGGUGCUGUCGAGUAUGUAUGGUGCGGCCGCGCUGACCGGACCGCCGCUUGGUGGGGUGUUUACUUCGAGUGCGAGGUUGACGUGGAGGUUUUGUUUUUAUAUUAAUUUGCCAUUUGGUGGAGUGUCGGUUCUAAUGAUGUUGUUUGCGUUCCGAGAACCGAAGAGAGACGAGUUGAAACUUACCAUCAAGGAGAAACUUGGGAGAAUGGAUCUUGGAGGCACGGUACUGUUUAUCUCCAGUAUCGUUUGCUUGUUCCUCGGGUUGGAGUGGGGUGGUAAUGAGAUUCCUUGGGUUGAUUUUAAAGCUUGGGGGUUGUUGCUUGGGUUCGGGCUGUUGAUGAUUGCUUUUGUUGCCUUGCAACUGCAUACGGGCGAGAAUGCGACUAUCCCUCUUCGGAUCUUCCUUAACCGGAGCGUUAUUCUGGCCCAGAUGAUCGCGGUCCUUAUGAUGAUCGGGACAAACACACACACUUUCUACCUCCCAUUCUACUUUCAGUCGGCCAAAGGCCUCACGGCUUCAGCAUCCGGGAUCCGACUCCUGCCGUAUCUACUCAGCGUCACGGCCAUGGAACUUAUUGUCGGUAUUGGAGUAAACAAAUUCGGUGUGUACCUCCCUUUCAUGGUUUUCGGUACAGCAAUCUACACUAUUACCUCGGGCCUGUUCUGUACCCUCGAAGUCACCACCUCGACUGCUCGCCUUAUCGGCUUCCAGAUCCUCGCAGGAAUAGGAUUUGGUUCCAGUCUCAACAUUUGUGCAACUGUAGUGCGAGCCAACGUCCAGGACAAAGAUAUUCCCAUCGCCGGCGCAUUGGCAGGCUUCGCGCCCUUUCUUGGUGGCUCGCUUGCGGCUAGCAUCGGGCAGAAUGUCUUCAGAUCUGCGUUGACCCAGAAACUUCUCCAGAGUGUGUGUCCAGCUGAGGCGGCAGCGAUUGUGAAAGCUGGUGCCACGGGCGGUGUGGCAACCGUGGAGGAAGGGGUGAGAGAUGUCUUCAGGGAAGCGUAUAAUUAUGCUGUCAAAAGAACUUUCGUGAUGGCUGCUGUGCUGGAGGAUUGGCGUUUUUGUAAGUGGCGAACAGCGCCGAGGGAGGCGAAAUCGGGGAGAAGAGUGGGUAGGGACUUGAAAGGCAAAGAUGUAUCUCGGAUCUAG